AUACAACAAGCUUUUGGAGAUCUCAAAAUCCUCAGAAUUAAUAAAAAAGCAAUGAACUCAAGGAUCAGGAGAGAAAAAUAGGGAAAAGUCUGUAAUCUAAUAAAGUUUUUUUACUUCUAAAAAUAACUUUUACGAAGAAUGGUUAUCCUACAUUGUUUAGUCAAUUCGUCACAUUUUAUGAAGUUCUUGCUCACCUCCACGCCGUCAAACCAACAGAGCUGAUUUUUACUAGAAAGGCAGUCUGUUCGCGAAUCAAAAAAUAUUGAAGUAAGAAAGAUCGGAUGUCCGGGAACCGCCUGUUUCACUACUGUACUUUGGACAACAUUGACGUAAUCGUAAUAUCGUCAAAAUAUACAAACUGAGUCAAAAAAAAUUAACAAAGAAAAGCGUUUCGGAUUCUUUGGUCAAACGAUUUGAGAUUACCCAUAGAAUGAAUGAAAUUUUAAGACGCAGCUAAGUUUACAUGUAUAUCACCAACUCAAGGACUCUACAAGUCACUCAACUACACAAGCUUAUAUUAGUAACUGAAUACGCGGAAGACUCUUAAAACUUUAAAAAAUAAUCAUUUUGGGCUUGGACUUAUCUUAGAAUCAAGGAGAUGGAUCAAAGGAUUUUAUUCUUAUUUAUUGUGCAAGUCGUAGUUCUUAUACUACUGAACUAUAUCCCUCAUGUAUAUGGCAAGUACUGUUGGAUAAUGCGUGACAAGAGAGACAAAAUAGUAGUACUUGUAAACAAAACAUCUUGUACACAAUCAAAUAAUCCCUGCUCUAAGUUAAGUGGAGUUUUAGAUUUAAGUCAAACAGAGUGCACCUGUGUUUGUCCAUCAAGUAAACCUACUUAUAUGCAAACUACAAAUAACUGCUCAGCUUAUUCAGACGUGUGGUCAAAAUGCAAUCUGAGUUUCAGACGACAGUUAUCAGAGAUUCCAAUAUUUCCUACGACAAUUAAUUUCAGAGGAUUAAGGCUUAACAUUCCAAAUAAAUUCAGAAAAUGUAAAAUGGUAGUAAAAGGAGAAAAUUCCUUUUACUUGAGUGAAUCAGGAUGGAGUCAACUCCCUCACAAUAAUUACACAUUCCCAUUCCUGGUUGAGACGAAGAUUGUAAGGAAGAGACUUAAAUUAGCACAUGUAAAGUGGAAUACUGAAGUACCUCCUGAACUUUUUGGCAAGGUUAUUAGAAUUGUAAUUACUUGUGGGGGGAAACAGGAUUGUGUCAUGUUAAAAACUCAAGGCGACACCCUUUACCAAUGUAUAGUAGAUCCUAGACCUGAAAACCCAUCUUCAAGUUCUUCACCAUCCAUGUCUUCACCAUCCAUAUCUUCAGCAUCCAUGUCUUCAGCCAGCACCAGACCGACAAGGAAACAUGUAAUUGUUAGUGAACCAUCAGUAUCUAACAAGAAUUUUAAAAAAUCAUCCAGCAUAAAGAUACCUUGGUCUAUUAUUGGUACUGUUAUUGGUGUACUUUUAGUUCUGUUAUUGUGCCUCAUCAUUAUGGCAGUAUGCUUCUGCAGGAGGAAAAAGUCUUCUCAGAAGAAAAGAACUGACAAUGCUUCAACACAAAGCUCAGGGGUCACUCUCAGCUCCACAGAAAGUCAACCAGAGGUGACAUAUGCAUCACCACACCACCCCUACCAGGAAUUAAAGCCUCCUAUAUCUGGAACUCCACGUGGGACGUAUCAGCCAUUAAAGUGGAAUGCUAAAGAAGAUGCUUCAGGAUACAUGUUGCCAUCAGAGUCUACAACCAAUAACCAUCCCGACCCCUUGUACAACGAGAUAGGGAGCCCAAUACGAGGUUUACCUCCUGUUUACGAUUACGCACUUCCAGAGAACACAGUGCGCUUUUCUAAUCAUCUAUCGAACAUGGACCUUAGAUUAAACGGUUUGCCAACACCCGACGCUAGAAAUAAUCCGGAUUACGUUGGGCGCGCUUCUCAGGAACAAGAGGAACCAAAGAGUCUCUCUUUAAAAGGGGCUGCCUCGGCACCUGUGAACGAUGGCCCUACAUCUCCUGCCUAUAUUGACUUUACUUCAGAAGAAGGCGCAAAUCAAACAGAGCCGUUAGCAUAUAAGAGUUCAGAUAACAUAGUAACCAUAGGAUCAUCGGGCUUGUCAAAGUAUAAAAAGCCAGUGAAUGUUCCUAAAAGUCCCUUUAAAAAGAGCCCCUCCGAAGAACGCCCCUACCAAGAGUUAAAAUCACCUGGUAGUCCAGUUUAUGAACCUUUGAGACCGUCGAGUGAAAAACUAGAAGGCGCAUAUAAGAAGGAAAGUAAGGCGUAGAACUGGUUCGACUUCGUUAACGCUCCAACAUGUUCGAGACCUCAAUAUCGAAUACGACGUUUGCAUGAUGGCGUAAUUUUACUACCACGAAAAAAAUCCUUGGCGACUUUCCUUUCUUAAUCAAGUAUUUCCACAUGAACAUAGUAAGACAAUUGGUGUUAAAUAAAUUGAAAGAAAGUGUACAAGGGAUUUUAGUAGUCUUGGUUAGUGACGCCAUAAGGCAAGAGUCUUAUUAGCUUGUGCAGUGAUUACGUUUGAGCUCAUAAUUAGCUCAGGUUAGUUUUAGUCGAUUUUUUUCUUGUUUCAGUUUGUAUUAUUGAAGCAAAUGAUGCAAGUAGAUCRUAAAUAGAUCCGUCUGCUUCUUCAAAGCAUUGCGCACAACAAUUUUCUCUUAGAAAGUUGAAGAGAACUAGUGCACGCACGAAAAAGGAGCUUUGGCGUCGUUAUGAGGCUGUCCGUUUGCUAAAUGUCUGUUUUCUAAAUUUGUCUGUUUGCUAAAAAGGUCCCCACGUGCGACAUGCAUUUCACUCUUCAGUUUCCAACAACAUUUCGCGCCCAAAACAUCAAUCGAUAGAUUUUUUGUUGAUCAAACUCGUGAAUUCUGCAUUAUUCAAUGAACGGUUUCGAUUCCCAACCACCACUUCAAUUUUGAACUCGAUUUUGAACGUCGCGUGGGACUAACGGAAUCAACUGUGAAUCAACUGUUAACAAAGACAAGCAUUAAUUAUUUGAAUUUAUUUAUUUCGUGACAAUAAUAAUAGUUCCUACAUCAUUUUAUAAAACUUGUAGAAAAAAGCGCGUGCGUUUCUUCAAAUUUCCAGUUAAAUUUAUAAUUAAGUUUGUAGAAAAUUAUGUGAAGGGAAGAUAAGUGUACAUACAUAAUUAUUAAUCUUAUAAAAUGUAAAUGUAUAAAAAUGUGAUAAUAAAAUAUUUAUAUGGC